AUGAAGGCUUUCACAAUGCUUUCGAAGGGAGGAAGGUCAGCUAAAUUUAUUUGGGGGCCAGAACAACAAAUUGCGUUCAACGAGAUGAAGAAAGUUAUGUCCAGCCCUCUGAUCUUAGUGUCACCGAAAAAAUGCAGGCCUUUGAAGCUUUAUGUCGCAGCGUCCGAGGAGACAAUUGGCAGUUUGAUGGCGCAAGAUGACGAUGAAGACAAAGAAAGAGUGAUAUACUACUUGAGCAAAACAUUGAACGAUGCGGAAGGGAGGUAUUCUACUAUAGAAAAAUUGUGCUAUUCGUUGUACUACGCAUGUACAAAACACAAGUAUUAUCUUGUUCCGCAUGAUGUUUAUGUCUUUUGCAAAGUCGAUUUAAUUAAGUAUAUGCUGAAUCGCCCUGUUCUUAAGGGUCGUCUUGUGAAAUGGUUUGUUCGAUUAAUGCCUUUUGAGUUGAAAUAUAUGUCUUUGAAGACCGUCAAAGAACAGGACAUUGCUGACUUUCUUGCUGAGCACUCGAUUUCUAAAUCAAUAGAAGGGAUUGGCGUCGUGAUAUUUAGCCCUUGUGGCGAAGUUUGGAGGCAUUUCCUUCGACUUCAACAAGCAAGCACGAAUAAUCAAGCUAAAUAUGAGGCUUUCAUUUUUGGACUGCAUAUGUUGGCGAUUCAUGAGGCACGACAGGAUGAGGCGCGAACUUUGUUACGUGAGUUUGAUGAUAUCGUUAUGUCACGUGUUAAGGCGAGAUGGGAGAAGAUCGUGUUGCAUAUGCUCGGGGCUGCCAAGCUUGUCAAAUGCAUGGACCAAUUCGUCAAGUGCCAGCUGAGGAGUUACAUCCCAUUAUUAAGCUAUGAUCUUUUAGAGGAUGCCGUGUUGCCAGUAGAGAUCGGGGUUCCUUCUUUGCAGGUCGCUCAACAGCAUGGAUUGAGCAUCAAAAAUUAUCAUUGGGCAUUGUACGAUGAGCUCGAUCAAGCAGAAGAGGAGAGAUGGACUGCUUUUAAAAAAUAUUCGGGCACAUAA